AUGGUCCAGUCCAUCGAUCUGUCCAAAAACCGGCUAUCCGGUGGUGUCCCGGCGACGCUGGCCGGGUGCAAGAACCUCUACUCGCUCGACCUCUCCGCCAACAACCUCACCGGCGCCCUGCCUGCCGGCCUCUUCCCCCAGCUCGACGUCCUCACAAGCCUGAACAUCUCCGGCAACGAGCUAGACGAGGACAUCCUUCAAACAUCGGUGCACUGA